AGAGGGAGAGAAGAGAGGGGAAGAAGGCAAGAAAAAGAAAAAAAAAAUAGGAAAGAAGAAAAGGUAUUUUAAGUCAAGAACUCAGAAUAGAAAAUGAGUCAAAUAAUGGUCUUUGAUUUUUAAAAACCGGUCCUCUGUUUCACAAUUCUCUGUCCCUCACAGCUGGAUUUCUACGUGGAAAGGGGUUCUGUGAGGAAGCUUCAAUUGUGAAGAGAUAAGAGGGCCAGAUGACCAGGUUUUAAUAAAAACUUGGUAAGAAUUGGGCUUGAAUCUGGGGAGGUGAAAUUUUGGUGCUCUAGAUCCUGUUCUUGACUCUGCCCUGUAUAUCUUGAAGUGGGUGUCAAUCAAAAUUCGUUCUUGUUGCUUGUCAUCCCUGGGGUUUUAUCUUGUUUUGGGGUUUUAGUUGAUCAAAGACCUUAUUUUUGUUAAUUCUUUAUGCAAAAUCGAGGGCUAGAAUAAGAUCCAUUUGAGAUUUGUGUAUCAGUACUUUGCCAACUUGUUUCUUUGUUAUUUCUUAAUUGAGAUUAUACGAAUAAAUUGAAUUUGCCUUCCAACUCAAAAAACUUUCUGUGUCUCCUUUGUAGGACUCGGUUUGGGAUUGUAUUCUUUGUAGUUACUGUACAAUCCCGUUCUUGAUUCUGGGUCCUCGAGUAUUUUUUGUUUUUGUUUUUGAUAUAAAGAACUUUGUAUUUCAAUGGCUAAUCCACCACAGCCUUCCCUCGGGUACGCUGUUUCUAUCACUCCCUCAAACCCGGGCACAUCAAACCCUCACGCUGAGGAAAGUCCAAUUCCUCCUCCUCCUUCAAUUUCUCCCACACCUCCCAGAUUUCCUCCACCAAAAUUACAACAAGGUCAGAGUCCUUCACCUUCAAUAGAAAGCUCAAAUGUACCAUCUCCAGCCAAUGGUGUUAAAAGUGGCAGCCCCAUUCCCCAUUUAAGCACUCCCCCUGGACCUCCUGUCUUUACUUCACCUGUUCGCCCUGCUGCUGUGCCUUUCCGCUCUUCGCCUGCAUCUCCUCAGCCAGUUGCAUUUUCUUCGGGUUCAUUUUUGCCAACGUCUUCACCUCCCAACCUUUCAAAUGGAUCGGGUGAGUUGCAGCAACAAAUUUCUGAUGGUACAGAGAACUCGGUGCCAACUGGGGAAUUACCGUAUGUUCUAUUUUCAGCUCAUAAGAUUUUGAAACAGAAGAAGCAAGCAAAUGUACCCAGUUUAGGUUUUGGGGCAUUGGUUUCUCCUGGGAGGGAGGUUUCACCAGGUCCUCAAAUAAUACAACGUGAUCCCCAUCGCUGUCAAAGUUGUGGAGCCUAUGCAAAUAUCUAUAGCAACAUAUUACCUGGCUCAGGCCAGUGGCAGUGUGUUAUUUGUCGUGAACUGAAUGGAAGUGAGGGUGAAUACGUCGCUCCCAGCAUGGAAGAUCUUCGUAACUUUCCAGAACUGUCGUCACCUGUGGUUGAUUAUAUUCAAACUGCUAACAAGAGACCCGGUUUUAUUCCAGUUUCCGAUUCGAGAAUCUCUGCACCCAUUAUUCUUGUCAUAGAUGAGUGCUUAGAUGAACCACACCUUCAGCACUUACAGAGCUCCCUACAUGCAUUUGUUGAUUCACUUCACCCAUCAACAAAAUUAGGAAUUAUUUUAUUUGGUCGCACAGUAUCAGUUUAUGAUUUUUCAGAGGAAUCAAUUGCAUCUGCUGAUGUGCUUCCUGGUGACAAAUCACCAACUCAGGAGUCAUUGAAAGCAUUGAUUUAUGGAAGUGGCAUAUAUUUGUCCCAAAUUCAUGCUUCACUACCUGUAGCACAUGCCAUAUUCUCAUCACUGAGGCCAUAUAAAUUAAACUUUCCAGAAGCUUCCAGAGACCGGUGCUUGGGCACAGCAGUUGAGGUUGCUCUUGCUAUCGUUCAAGGGCCAUCAGCAGAGUUGUCUCGAGGGGUAGUUAAAAGGUCAGGUGGAAAUAGCAGAAUUAUUGUGUGUGCUGGUGGACCUAAUACUUAUGGCCCUGGAUCUGUCCCUCAUUCGUUAAGUCACCCAAAUUAUCCUCAUAUGGAAAAGACAGCAUUGAAAUGGAUGGAUCAACUAGGUCGGGAGGCUCAUCGGCACAAUAUAGUGGUUGACAUUUUAUGUGCCGGAACAUGCCCUCUAAGAGUUCCUAUUUUGCAGCCUCUCGCAAAAGCUUCUGGGGGUGUUUUGGUUCUUCAUGAUGACUUUGGAGAAGCCUUUGGCGUAAACUUGCAAAGAGCAUCUACCAGGGCAGCAGGUUCACAUGGUUUGUUGGAAGUACGCUGUUCUGAUGAUAUUCUGAUAACUCAAGUUGUGGGUCCUGGUGAAGAGGCACAUGUAGAUACUCAUGAAACCUUUAAGAGUGACUCUUCUUUAUAUAUUCAAAUGAUUAGUGUUGAAGAAACGCAGAGCUUCUCACUUUCCAUGGAAAGUAAAAGAGAUAUUAAGAGUGAUUACAUAUUUUUUCAGUUUGCAAUCCAGUUUUCAAAUGUGUAUCAAGCUGAUAUAUCCAGAGUUAUCACUGUUAGAUUGCCAACUGUGGAUAGUGUUUCGGCAUAUCUUGAGAGUGUUCAAGAUGAAGUGGCAGCCGUUCUUAUUGCCAAGAGGACCCUCUUGCGAGCCAAAAACUAUUCUGAUGCAGUUGAUAUGCAAACAACAAUAGAUGAAAGAGUUAAAGACAUUGCUUUGAAGUUUGGGUCCCAAGUACCAAAGUCAAAGCUUUACCGGUUCCCCAAAGAGCUCUCGUUAUUACCAGAGCUCCUAUUUCAUCUUAGAAGGGGCCCACUUUUGGGAAGUAUUAUUGGCCAUGAAGAUGAGAGGUCUGUAUUACGGAAUUUGUUUUUAAAUGCAUCCUUUGAUCUUUCACUCCGAAUGAUAGCACCUCGUUGUCUAAUGCACCGGGAAAAGGGUACUUUUGAGGAACUGCCAGCUCAUGACCUGGCUAUGCAGUCUGAUGCAGCAGUUGUUCUUGACCAUGGCACAGAUGUCUUCAUUUGGUUGGGUGCUGAACUUGCGGCUGAUGAAGGAAGAAGUGCAGCUGCUUUGGCGGCUUGCAGGACAUUGGCUGAAGAGCUAACUGAAGUGCGAUUUCCAGCUCCUCGGAUCCUUGCUUUUAAGGAGGGGAGCUCUCAGGCUCGGUAUUUCGUUUCUCGGCUGAUACCAGCACACAAGGAUCCUCCAUACGAGCAGGAGGCGAGAUUCCCCCAGCUCCGGACUCUGACAACGGAACAGCGAAUGAAGCUGAAAAGCAAUUUUAUUCACUUUGAUGAGCCUAGCUUCUGCGAGUGGAUGCGAAGUCUGAAAUUGGUGCCGCCAGAACCAAGCUAAGAAAGAAGUCCUUGAAAGAGAGUUUGGUGGCUGACGUACCUCUGGGAAGGGGGUCUGAAGAAUGUGCAUCCUUCCGUCACUGAUACGGGAGACUUUUGUUUCUCUUAUGUUUUCAUUGGCAACAGGGAUAUGUACCUCAGGGCGUUCUAGACUGUUAGUGGUGGUGGUGGUGAUCAUAUUGAUGCCAUCUCAUCUCCCUCUCCAGCC